AUGAGUCCCACUGCUGCCCCCUCGAGCGUUCACUUGCGCCCUCUGCUGGCCGCCUGCGUCUCCGCCAGUGCGCUCGGCGGCCGCGUCCUGCGCGAAGUCGUGGAGCGCCACGUGGCGCUUGACCUCGUGAGCAAACAGGACGGCACGUACGAUCCACAGACAGUGGCGGACCGGCGAUCGCAGCAGCGGAUCGUUCAUGCGCUGCGUCACUCGUUCCCGCACGUCACUAUCGUCGGGGAAGAAGGAGAGCUCGGGCCGCCACGUCCAGAAGAUCAGCUGCAGUGCGACCUCUGCGCCCUCGACGACGUGGCGUUCUCCAGCAGCUGCAAAGGUGCAGAGGGCCUGAGCAGCGGUGAGGUCAAUGGCCCACUGGACUGGACAGAGCUCGUGCUGUGGGUCGACCCGCUCGACGGCACGAAACGCUUUGCUGCGGGACUGCACGACGAAGUCUCUGUGCUCAUUGGCAUCUCCUACCGACAACGGCCUCUCGCAGGCGUUGUGCACCUGCCGUUCAAGGGGACACACGGGGUCACGUAUUGGGGCGGGCCGAGCGUUGGGGUAUUCUGCAGCACUUACGAAGACAGCAGUGCUCAGACACUCACACAUGUGAAGCUGUCGAAAGAGACGAUGAUGUACCCCAAGCGGCAGCUCAUCUGCACCGUGUCGUCCACGACCUGCGACCAGGCGGACAAGGCGUUGCAGCUGCUCGGCCCGGAAACUGUCCGAACCGGUGGAGCGACAGGCACAAUGGUACUCAGCGUCGUAACGGGCGCCAGUGACGCCUUCUUUCGCUUCAAGGCCGCCACCCGCAAGUGGGAUAUCUGUGCAGUUGAGCCACUGCUCGAAGGGCUUGGGGGGAAGCUCACUGACACGCAGGGCAACGCGUACACGUACGACCACAUUGGCAACGCGCCUGAGUUUGACAAUGAGCGUGGACUGCUUGCGAGUCUUGAGCCAGCAGUGCAUCAGAUGCUCCUGGAUGCGUAUGCAAACGUCUCACUGCUGAGCGCAUUGGAUGGACGAGAGAUGGCGCCGCAGUGGUUUCAAGAGUGUGUUUUCGUGGGACGUCAAGUGGUAAGCGUGAACCUCGUGCCGGCUUCAGCUCACUACGGUAAACAGUCCGCCGUUGCAACGCUCGACGUGCACUUCAACGACCGCGACAAACGUCGUACCACUCGAGUGUUUCUCAAGAAAGCAGUAAAGAACGAGCUGCCUCCACGAACUGCUGCACAGUGGACGCGCGACAUUGCGUCGUAUCGUGCCGAGGCGACAUUCUACGCACGUUACGCCCCGUUGUUGCAACAACGAGGCGUCUCUCUGAUCCGACCGCUGGCAGUGUUCCAGAGUGAUGCUGCUGGCACCUGCACGACCAAUUUGGUGGCAAAGGAUACCACAAUUCCCGAGUGCCAAGCUCACUGCUCGGCCCCGAUAAACUUCAUGUUGCUGCUCGAAUGUCUCGGCUCGGCACCUCCGGCGUCGUCGAGUUUAGACGAUCUCCAGUCUCUCGCCACGUACGAAGCCGCCGAUCGCCUCGAACUGGUCGACACGAAACAAGCGUUGAGGUAUCUCGCGCAUCUGCAUGCUUCGACGUGGGGACUGCACGCUCUUGAUGACAUCAAAGGGGGUGAGCCCAUGGCCGAAGCGUGCUGGUGGAUGCUGUCCAAACGAGGCGAGACCGAAGUUGCUCGAGCUUUGCACAUUUGGCCGCAGAUGCUUCGGAACUGGGAGUCCGUGUUUGAAAGCGAGACGGAAUUGCCAUCGCUGGCCGAGCUAACAUCUCUGGGCGAACGAAUGGUCCAAGAGGCGGCGUAUGUCAACGCCUGUCUCACGGUGCACGCCGCCGCUUCAGUGCGCACGUUCGUCCAUGGCGACUUCAAGAGCGCCAACUUGUUCUUUGAGUCUCAGUCUCGAGACGUCGUGGCGUUCGAUUGGCAAUGGAGCGGCAUGGGUCUGGGCGCGAUGGACGUGGCGACUCUGCUCAACACGUCCGUGAGUAUCUCGGUCCUGUCCACUGGCACUGACGAACACGAGCUCCAGUUGCUCCAGUUCUACUACACCUGCUUGCGCGAGCGCCUCCAGGCCCUCGACCCUUCCGUGCACCUCGACCAGCGCUACCCGUUCGAGGCGUUCGAGCGCCAUUACAUGUUGGCGACGCUCGAGUACGCGCGUGUCCUGAUCUCCAACUUUUGGCACCGCCUGACGCCCAGCACGUGUGCCGCGAAAGGCAGCCGCGUCAAUUGUGGACUCGGGUACCGCUCAGUGCCCCACGUCGUGCGACUCGUGCGCAAGCUGCACCAGAAUCUGCGCCGGCUCGAGACCGAACGGCUACAAGUCGCAUCGUAA